UAAAUUGCUAAAUUUUUAUUCUUGUAAUUAUUACUUUAUUGCAUUUUAUACUCGACCUUCCCCUUUCGUUUCCUCUCUCUCUCGGCCUUCGCAGUUGACUCGUGUUUCAGUGAGGAGGAGACGAUCAGACAUUUCGAGCAGCGGUCCGGCGAUUUUGCCAUGGCGUCCAAGCGGAUCUUGAAGGAGCUGAAGGAUCUGCAGAAGGAUCCCCCUACUUCAUGCAGCGCAGGCCCUGUUGCUGAAGACAUGUUCCAUUGGCAAGCAACAAUAAUGGGUCCGCCAGAUAGUCCUUAUGCUGGAGGUGUAUUUCUAGUUACCAUCCAUUUUCCUCCAGACUAUCCAUUCAAACCACCCAAGGUAGCAUUCAGGACCAAAGUGUACCAUCCAAAUAUUAACAGCAACGGCAGCAUUUGCCUGGACAUCUUGAAGGAGCAAUGGAGUCCUGCAUUAACUAUUUCCAAGGUUUUACUUUCGAUCUGUUCGCUUUUGACGGACCCAAACCCUGAUGAUCCAUUGGUUCCUGAGAUUGCUCACAUCUACAAAACUGAUCGGAACAAGUAUGAGACUACCGCUAGGAGCUGGACCCAGAAGUAUGCAAUGGGUUAAGACCGUUUCCGUAUCCCGAUGCUCUGUGUUAGUGUAAUGUAGCUCAUAUAUGCAAAAUAACAUGGUGUGUCCGUUAUCACUCUGGCGUUUCUAUGAAAUAACGAAUGCGAACGCUGAUGAAAAUGCUUUCAAAAAUUAGUAUGGAACUGGCUUUCAAAUAUUCA